AUGGUGAGAUUCUUUAAAGACAGCUUUGUUGAUAUGAACCCCAGAGGAAUUUAUUGGGAGCUUCAAUCAAGAGUUUUAAAAAGAAAUAGGCUCUGGGUUUCAAUGCCUCGCAUCCCUCCAAUAAGACGAGAUGCAUUCCAAAUAUUCAUGGUCGCUGUAACAAAACAUUGAAAUUAUCUAUUUGAAGGAAUUUCGAUGUAUGUUCCAAGGUCUUUAAGAUAUGCAGAACUCGGAGCAUACGGUUUUUUAUGGAUUGGUCUUUUAAUUGGCAUCAUUUUUCAUCAUACAGAAACAAAACUUUGAAGAGAAAAAAUUUGGGAUAAGGAGCCAGGGGCUGUCAUUCCUUUAAGGCGUAAUUUCUUUGUAAGAGCCAAAAAUUAUAUUCUCAAUUACAAUGUGAAGCCUUUUAUUUAUUAUUUCGGGCUGUUUAUUAAAGAAAGGGAUCUGGAUAGUACAAUUGAUUUGGCCCAAGCUCAAGCAGGGAGGAAGUACCGAAGAUUUUUAUUUAUGGAGUAUGCAAGAAGAAAUUCACUCGAGAAAUUUAGAGACAAAAAUUAUGACUUUUUAGAAAUCAGCAAAAUGUAUGGAAAAGACUCUCUUUAG